GUUCACAUAGCAGGAAAAAGUCGAUCAUUGUGUCCUUAAAUACUCGCCUGAUCGAUAAUCUUGUCACACUAACAUCGGAAAAUGUCUUUGACUUUUGAGAUACCAAAAUCCGAUGAAAUUGUUCACGAAAUCGUUGGUUUCAUAAGAGUAUACAAAGAUGGCCAUUGUGAAAGAUUAGUGGGAACAAACAAGUUACCAGCCGGAAUCGAUUCUUCAACCGGAGUCAUAUCAAAAGACGUCGUCAUCUCACCCGAAACCAACCUGUCCGCAAGGCUUUACAUUCCCAAAACCGUCACCGCUUAUCGAAAACUGCCCGUUCUGAUUUAUAUACACGGUGGUGGUUUCAUAGUCGAAUCCACCACGAGUUCUGACUACCACCCUACACUUAAUUAUCUGACGGCGGGGUCAAAUGUGAUCACCGUUUCCGUUGACUACAGGCUGGGACCAGAGAAUCCGGUCCCAGCUGGGUACAACGACUGUUGGGAAGCGAUCCAUUGGGUCGCUUCCCAUAGUACAGGAGGUGGUCCUGACCCCUGGUUAAAUAAUAUUGGUGAUUUUCAAAAGGUGUUUUUCGCGGGAGAUAGUGCCGGGGCGAAUAUCGUCCACAGUAUGGGGGUCCGGUUCGGGUUAGACCCGAUUGCUGGAAUAAAUCUAAAGGGUGUUCUUCUACUUGACCCGUAUUUUGGUGGAGUUGUCGCGAUUGGAUCCGAACGUGAGAAAGGUAAGGAGAUGAAAGCGUUUACGGAUCAGUUUUGGAAUUUGGCGAAUCCGUCAGUGACCAGGCUGGAUGACCCGUUGUUUAACCCGGAAAAGGACCCGAGGAUGUCGGGUGUGGGCUGCUCCAGGAUCCUUUUAUGUGUUGCGGAAUUAGAUUCAUUUAGAGACAGGGGUUUGCUUUACAAAGAAAUGAUGGAGAAAAAUGGAUGGCCUGGAAAAUUGGAGAUGUUGGAGUCAAAAGGAGAGGAUCAUGUGUUCUUUCUGUUUGAUCAUACUUCUGAGAAUGCUCGUAUCUUGUUUGAUACAAUUUGUACUUUCAUCAACCACACUUGUUGAAUAAGUUAGGAGUAACUAAAAGUUUUUUAGUUAAUCAAUGAAAUAAAAGUUUUUUUUUUUGGGUU